AUGAUGGACAAAGCUCCUACGAAGUAUGUGCUACACACAAUGCUGAGAUUGAAGGACCUCGCCAAGGAGCGGCGAUUCAAAGCUCACCUGGAGCAAAUGAAGAAACAAAAAGCCACGGCCGAAGAAAAGGACAAGAUCAGGGAGCAAUGGACAGAUGAAAUUCCUUUACACUUGAGGGAUCAAUACAAAGAGCUGCUAAGCACAUGGGACUGCGCCAAGGCAGACCACCGGGAACGACUAGGAGGACUAAUGGAGGAAUGGCUGAUCAAACAAGCUGUCAACCAAGAGGAGCUUGAAGCUAGACUCAUGCAGUUCACCUUCACAAAUGACCCAAGAGAGGCUCAAGAAAACACAGACGCGAAUAAACCGAGCAGAUCUUACAAGGAUGCCGUAGACGAGACAGAAGAGCUGCCUACCAAAAAAACGCGUUUCGGGCCCAACGUGUCGAUACAAGCAAUCCUGCAGCACAUGAACAUGGGAGCAGAAGCCGCUUAUCCACAAAAAAUGCAAUUCAUGGAGUUUAAGAGGGAGAUCUCAAGAGCAGCAAUCAACACAGAGACAAGAGUCGUCAAGGUGACCUUCAAAGGGAAGAACACUGCCAUGAAGUGGGUUGGAUGGGGCAUGCCGCUGGGGAUGAGAAUGCUCAAAUUGGUGGACUACGAGACGCAACGAGAGGAAGCCAAGACGAAUAAUGCUCUGAUUCAUAUGGACUACUAUCGAUUCACGAUUGCAGCAAAGAGGGGCUGCCCCACCUCCUCUGACCUCAACGCACAUCCAACAACCAUCGAGCAAUUAUUAGCACAAGUCAAAGGACGUCAACUAUCGAGCACCUCCCAGAUUAUGAAGCAAGGCCAGGAGAAGCAGCAAGCGGCAGCAGACGGACGUGAGAGGCCGAGUAUUCCCAAGGACUGGGAACAGGCCAGGUGGGCAAUGGCGGCCCCAAAAAAGCCGGGUAAUUUGGAAACAAGCAACAAGGGGUACAGUGCAGUCAAGACAUCGGAGCGGACAGAAGCUAUAGAGACACACAAGGAGACAGGAGUUAAUGCAGAAGGUGAUCAACCGACGCAGGCCGCAGGCUCCGACUAUGAAGAAGAAGACUGGUACAUGAGUGAACAAGAUGAGGCCCAUGCGGAGCAAGACGCACGCCACAACCGGACUGACACUGGUGUAAACGAGGGAGGCCACAGGGCGGAGAAGGGGGAACAAGCAAGCCGACCCGAACAGACACAAAUGUACGACCCACGCAGUGCCAAACGGAGGCCUGAGGCAGGUACAGCGGAGCACGAAGAGCACACGCGGUCACUGUCGCCGAAAAGACAACUUUCCGAAAAUUGUAAGCUGGGCAUCGACAACGACAACGGCAGAAACAGUAAAGCACAAAAGAAAAACGCAGCAGAAGAACGAGGCAUCAAGCACCAAGAGACGAAUAAACACGGAUCUAAAGGUAAUAUUCAGGGAGGAAGACGUGCCAUUCAGAAAUACAUGCACAACUACGUAACAUCGGCAGCCACCAAGCAGGAGGAAACCGAGAGCAAACGAGCCCAGCCGCGAGAACAAGAAGAAACCCAACACCUGAACGCCGAAGGUUUCCUAAUGACAGGAGUCAAAGAGGGAGACGAUCACGGACUACCGCUCAAUAUUUGGCUAGACAUUAUGGGGGGAACAAUAACCGACGUGGCCGCAAACGAGCACUGCGGCUGGCUGGCUUUCCUGGCCGCGAUACACAAUGUCAGGGAGGGCCUCAAGCCCGUGGAGACAGCGACAGCAGAAGCAGCGAACAUCCUGAAAAAACAAGUCAUCAACAGCAUGAUUGCGAACUUGGUGGACGAAGCAGAGGUGCACGACGCGAACUUUGUAGCAGCAGUGGAGGCAAUCGGAAAGGAUAUCCCCAUGCAUGCUCCAAAGGAGGAGAAGCUGAAAACGUUGGCCAACCACUACGCAGACCAACGCAACAGAUCAGCAAAAGCGUUCGUGCCCAUGAACUACUGGAUGAGACCCGAACACAUCAAAGCAAUGGCGAUGCGCUCUAGGGAAAUGGUGUAUGUGCUAGAUGUGAUGCAGGACGAGAACACCAGGCUGCAAGUUUAUGGCUACCACGACGUGGAGCUCCCAGACAAAACAAUGAUCGAAUCCGGCAUGGUAGUGCCAAUGCCCUCUCAAAUAGGAGCGGACCUACUGAGAGACCUCAUAGCAGUUGGCACGUUCCCUAUCAUCAUGAUACUCAGGUACAGCGGCACGGGGAACCACUACCAAGCGGUCUCCUACGAGGCCACAAGAUACCAAGAAUACACGGAGCGAUGGAGGGAGCUCACGGAACGCCGCAACAACAUUAUCCAAAAAUAUGGAGGAAUUGGGCUAGAUCCAGAGCCUUACGAUCCAGAUAAGACCGCAAGAGCAGCUGCCAGGGAAUUAAAAGCUAUCAGAAGAGAAGCAAAGAAGCUGGAGACAGAAGCACGGGACGUACAGGGGAACGAGCAGGAAAUGAAACGAGGAAGUGAGCCAGCGCAGGCAUGGGGAGAUAAGGAAGGACAGUAG